CGGUGCGCGAGCCGCCCGUAGGCAGCGAGCGGGAUCUCGUAUGGAGCCUCAAGUUGCGUUUAGAGGCGGCAGUCGCUGCUGGAGCGGCGUGGAAGCCGGCGGGAGGCUGACGGAUGCCUUCAAUAAUGCGAUGACAGGCCCUGGCUCACUGUACAGCUGCUACAAAUCACAGAAUGAAGAAAAUGUAGAGCUCCCUCAGACCUCCAGCUCUGUCCUUUCGACAUCCGAGUACUUGUCACCUGUGGACUUUUCCCUUUUAUACACACCAUGGUCAACCUAUGGAGAUGACACGAAGCAGCCUGCUGCUUCUCAGAUCAAUGUGAAUUCCAGAAAUCAGCCUGAAAGGAAUGAUUAUGGCAGUGAAACAGAUUUGUAUGGACUCGUGUCUAACAUUCUGGAGGAACAAGAUAAACCGCAGCCGUACUCUGCCGAGGGGAGCUGCCCUUCCAGUCUGAAGUCAGUGUGGCCCAUGAAUGCAACCAGCAUUGCAGACCACCAUGAGCUGUUGCCAGAGACGAAAAGACCAGUUGUUGGAGCUGUCUCACCACAGGGUUUUUACAGUAGCGAACCCGUACCUGCUGCUGAAAAGCAGUACCUGCAGAGCAGUAAUCUUGCGUCACAGCAAAAAGUAGAUGAAUGCUAUCGUGGGUUUACUGGCAUAGACAUUGAGGAGCAGUGCUUGUACCCUGCCAGGAAUGAUCACUCCACCUUCUGCAUCACGCAGGAUAAUGAGAAUGUCAAGACAACACCCGUGUAUCAGAACUACCCAUACGUAAAAACCACCUCUACACCCCAGGUUGGGUACUUGGAAGUGAUCAAAGACUCGGGAGCCAGUGCUUAUCCUUAUGGAAGACAGAAGGUGUGUCCCAAAGGAGCAGAUGCCCUGCUGCACCAAAAAUGGGCAGAAACGUUUCUUCCACAGUUCCACAGGUAUAAUGAGAACACAGAUUACAGUAGGUAUGCUGGCUGUUCUCAGGCUACUAAAGCAAAGCCCAACAAGGGCACCCCUUAUAGCCUCCAAGACAAUAAAAAGUUAGUAAAUGGAGCCUCUGGGGCACUGUCUCUGGACACAGAACCCUAUCCUAAAUUAUUUCAGGUUAAAUCAGGAACUCAGAAAAAAAUAGAAGAUAGUAUUGCGGAUCAGCAAAACUUCUCCUUUCCCAAGGCUGCCAGACAUCUGUCAGAAAAACAACUUACAAAUGAAGCCUCAUUCUGCACUGAUUUGGAGCAGAAGUUUGAAUAUGGCCUGAAAUCGUUCGCAGCUUGUGCUGGGAAUAGCAACUGUGCAGAUGGUGUAGAAAAGCAGCAGUUUUCCAAGUUCAGUCUGCAGAAUCCUGAAUAUUGUAAAUCCCUUCCAUUUUUACCAAGCUUGGUGAACCUUCCAGCAGGUGCCAGCGGGAGGCCAGCAGGGGUGAGUGUUCCAACCAAAACUGUCCCAUUUCAGAAUCCAAGUCCUUUGUUGAAACCAAGCAAUCAUUUAUCUGUUUUUCAAAAAAAUUCCAGUCAUCCAAAUGAUUUUCUUCAGUUACCAUCCUCCAAUCUCUCUUUAAACAGUAAUUUACUUCAGAAGCACUGUCAAGAUAAUCCUUCUGUUCUUACAAGUCUUGAUUUUGGUCCUAACGCUGCAGAGCAAGCCUGGUCUGCUGCGUGCAAGGAAGUGCUUUUGAGGGGUGAAGAGGAUUUCAUUGAGUAUCUAAGUGAAAAGAAAUUAAAGCAGCCAAAUGGAUUCUGUGACAACUACUCUGCUCAGCACUUUGGGAUAAUUGAAAACAUGAGUAAACGCCGUUUCCCAUUGAAGCCCCGGAGCGAGCAUUAUGAUCUGGAAGGACAGAAAUGUGCAGACGAGCUGCUGCAGAACAUGUAUGAGGAUUUCCUGCAGUCUCAGGGCCAACUUAAUCUCAGGCAGGGCAGCAGAGACAGUAACGCUGUCCAUCCUGUGACUUGCCUGCGUGCUCCAGGCUUUCCCAGCAGUUCUGUGAUGGGUGACCUCAGACGGAAUCAUCAGCUUGGCUCGAGUGCGUUCCCCUUGAGAGCUGCUCACCUGCUCGGCCGUUCUGUUGUCCCUCUAAUGGACUCUCGUGACUUGUUCCGUGAUGAUUUACGGUGCCUAUACCCUUACUUUAAUGAUAAGAUGAGUGGUGACGGUGUCUUUUCUGGUUUUGUACCAACUUUUGGAUUUCCAAAGCAAGUUAAAGUCCGUAGUGGGCCUGCCAGUGAGCUGCAUGUUAGACUGGAAGAGUGUUACGAACAGUGGAGAGCUCUGGAGAAAGAAAGAAAGAAGACUGAAUCAACUCUUGCUAAGAAUUUCCAAGGGAAGAAGGUUUCCAGUGCUAACAACACUCCCAUUCCAAGACUGUCAUCAAACUCAUCAAGACUCGAUCGCUUAAUUGUGGAUCAGCUGCGUGAACAAGCCCGAGUUGUGACUUUACUGGGAAAAAUGGAGCGCCUCCGCAGUUCUCCCCUUCACGCUAACAUUUCUACCGCCCUUGAUAAACACCUGGAGGUAAUUCAUGUAGUGCAGUCGCGUAGAAGAGAUGAAAUUGUUAGUGCUUCCAACCACCAGAGGCAAGGAGCUCCCAGGUGCCGGGAUGACAGAGAUUUAUUUGCCCUGGCGCUGGCCAUUCAGGAGAUGAGCACAACCACCUGUAAAGCUCGCACGACGCUGUGGUGUGCGCUCCAGAUGACCCUGCCGAAAUCUGCAGCUGGAAAACCGGAUCCAGAGAAAGCGGCUCAGGAGACGGCACAGCCUGAACAGAAAGGGCGCGAGAACACUAGCAGCGGUGGUGUUCUGCAGCGGAAGGCUGACGGAGGCAGGCACUGAGGCAACACUGAGGGCGCUCGUGGUCUGUGAGAGGCUACCUAUUGUUUUUAAUUAUUUGUGAUGUUUGACCUACUGAUAUUUGUAUUUAACGCUGUCUUGAUGAGGAGUUGGGGUUGCUUUGAGGGCUGUUGGGUUCUACAUCAACUGUUAACAUGGCAGGCAGCUUUGGAAUAUGGGAACGCUGCACCAGGGAACAUUAACUUAAAAAUAAUCAGACUAAUUAAUUAACAGCCAAUUCUAUUUAACUCCUGCUGGUGAACCCUGGCACACAACUCUUCAAUAUGUUCUUUUUAGUUCGGUUUUUAGGAAAUAGGUUUUAAAAUAAUGAUUCUUAAGGAUGGGAGGCUGACAGGGUGUCCGGCCGGGAUCGGGUAAGAUUGUGAUGUAAAACAGUUUCCUUAUCAAACAAAUACCUGGAAACAGGAGGGAAAAAUACUAUGAAUACCCAAUAUUCAUGUAAAAUUAAAUAUUUAAAAUAUAUAAAUAUUUAUGAAUUCGCGAUUUUUAAAUCCAAGUCAGUAGAAUCUGAUGCAUCUCCUCUGACAAAAUUACUGGUGUGACCAAAUUGCUGUUGUGCAACCAUGCAGGUAGUGAUGCUCAAAUUGCUUGGGUGUCCCACGGGCAAGGAAGGAGCCUCUGUUUUAAAGUAUUGAAAGAGAAUCAAAACACGACAUGCACACAGGAUUGUCCUUUAAGAAGCUGCGCAGCGGCUGGAAUGACGAGUAGCAUUUUUAAUGGCUUCGGAGAGGUAUCACAAAGUUCUGACAUUUAGGUUUUAAAGUUGCUCUUUCAUGAGUUUGGUUUGAG